AUGACGACCGUAAAUGUAGCUGUAGCUGUUCCUCAGGGGUGGGCAGACCUGCUGCGCGGCCCUAUCGGCGCGGGGGUGUUUGAAGCGCUUGCACCGAGUGACUUGGUCGGAGCCACGGCGGCAGCCGCCCUCGUCUGCAGGGCGUGGCGCGAGGCGCGCUGCGCCGCCACAACCCGCGUGCUACUGCCGGCCGCGUGCUUCGACGGGGCGCACAAAUGGGCACCCCUGCCGAGCCGCGUCGAGGGGCAGCGCAGCAUCGCCCACGGCGCCGGCGGCGGCGCCGGCGGGGGCGAUGGUGCACCAGAGCCCGGGCUGCUGCGCGCUGAGCUGGACGGCCUGUGGUCCUCAGUAUCCGCCGCGCUGGCGUCAGGGCUGCCGCACAGGACGCCCUUUGUGCGGGAGCUGUGGAUCGGCGCCGUGGAGGGCGACACCAGGGAGGUGGCCGACGUCCUGAAGGCAGCUGCCAGGCACUGGCCGCGGCUGCAGGCGCUCAGCAUCACCCGCGAGGGCGACCCCAUCCGCCACGCAUCCCCCCUCGGCCCCGCGCUGCGGCCGCUCGCGCGCCUGUCCGGCCUCAGGGAGCUCAGCAUCUGCGGCGUGCCCCUGGCAGGAGGCGCCCUGGCCCCCAUGGCGGGCCUCAGCUCUCUGACAAAGCUGCGGCUCGUCUGGCCGCGCCGCUCGGACCAGCUGCUCGGCCGGCUCUGCCUUGCGCCGCUGGCGGGCCUGGCGCGGCUGAGGGAGGUCCAGCUCAGCGGCUGGGUGCUCUGGGACGUCGGCGGCGGCAGAAGCCCUGGCGGCGGAGGCGACGCAGCGAGCGCGGGCGCUGGCGCGGGGGCGCUCCCGCCGGGCCUUGUUCGGCUAGAGGUGGGGGAGGGCGUGUGCUACGGCGCCAACAAGCACGCGUGGCGCGACGCGCUGCGCGGCUGCACCCGCCUGGAGGUGCUCAGUCUCAAGGGCAGCCACCUGUCGGCGUGCCCGCUGAGCAGGGAGGCGUGGCUGAGCUUUUGGGCCGCGCUGCCGCACAGCUUGGAGCGAGUGGACUUCAAUAGGGUCACGAUCCGCCACUUUGACGCUUGGGCGACGCCGCUGCCGCCGGCCGGCGCGCUGCCGCGGCUGCAGCACUUUGGCCUCAAGUACGAGCGGGAUGGCGCCGAGCGGUGCGGGCUCCUGCCGGCUGAGCUGGCAGGGCUGCCGAGGACGCUGCGCAGCCUCGCUGUCAACCUGCUGACCCUGCAGCUGGGUCCGGGGCACGGCCCGCCGCCCGCGCUGCCGGGCGUGACGCGGCUGCGCCUGGGGCUGACGGAGGGCGCGUCGCCGGCCGGGGAGGCGCGGCGGUGCGACCUCGGGGCAGUGUUCCCGAGCGUGCGCAGCCUGCGGCUUCCGAUCGGCAUUCCCGAGCCCGCUGUUGCCGUUGUGACCGGCCUCUCACGUGUGGAGCGCCUCGAGGUCCGCUCGGAUCACGCAGAUCGCGCGCUGGCGCUCGCGGCGGCGCUGCCGAGCCUGCGGCAGCUGCAGCUGGAGUGUUGCCAUUGGGGCCGGGGCGCCGUGGCGGCGCUCGGGCUGCUGCUGAGCGGCCACCCGUGCCUCCAGCGCGUGCGCGCUGUCAAUAUGCAAGUGCAUUGCGAGGGCAUGAGCUACCGCGAGGUGCACAACGCGCUGGUGAGGAUUGAGGCGGAGUCGGCGGCCUGCGAGGGGGCGCGGUUUGUGUGGCACAACACAAUCGGCUGCUACUGGGGCGAUGGCAGCGACGGGGGAGGGAGCAUGAUCCACAACCCCGUCACCAGGCAGGAGCUGGAGGGGGACGACCUGGCGUCUGAGGGGAGCAUUCCCGAGGCUGAGGGGAGUGACGGGCCCGGGUGCUCCGGCCCAGCCACGCCGAGACGCGCGCAGCAGCUGCCCCUCAGGCGCCGCGGCACCGCCAUGGCCGCUGCUGGCGUCCGCGUCGUGGGUCCUGACCACGUUGUGAUCCGAUCAGCAGACCCGGUGGCUUCUGCAGAGUGGUGGUCCAGAGUCGUUGGCCUAUCGACGCUAAGGCUGGAGGAAUUCAAGGCCGGCAAGGCGCCCUUCCCCAGCGUCCGCGUGUCCCCCAGCUUCAUCAUCGACUUCGCCGGCGAGGAGAUGGCGCGCAUCGCCGCGGGCGCGCGCUCCGCGGCCGGCGGCGCCGCCGCCACCUCGUCCACCACCGACCCCGCGGACGCCGGCACGCCCAAGCCCGCGCCGCCGCCGCCCGACGCCCCGCAGGCCGUCGCGGCGCCGGCCAGCGGCCAGCUCGACCACAUGUGCCUCGCGCUGGAGGACGGCCAGGACAUGAAGGAAGUCGAGCGGAAGCUGCGGGAGGCCGGCGCCGAGCCGCUGGUGCAGUUCGACGGGGGGACGGUCGUGCGGCGAUUCGGGGCGCGCGGCGUCGCGCUCAGCGUGUACGUGCGGACGCCAGAGGGCGUGACGCUGGAGCUCAGGUCUUACCCCGAGGCGGGAGGCGCCUGA